AAUGAAUCUGGCGUCGAUAAGAACGAUUUGUCAAACUUGGAAAACAUCUAUUUUAAGCAGUCCAUUUUCCAUCCAGCCGUCUCUUCUGCCAAAUAUUUUCUUGCGGAAUACUAGUUUUUUUAACAAACUACCAGCCGAGGACAUUUGGCGUGGAGUAACUGCAGUCAGCAAUGCUGGAAAGAAAAGGGGUCGUGGGAAAGGAAGUGGAAAAAAAGUUGCGAAGGACCUAAAUAAAGGACAAACUAUAGGACUUGGGAAAAAUAAUUGCAUAUGGCCCGGCUUAAAUUCACCUAUAAUUCGUGGAAAUGAGCUCGUAUAUCAGCAAAAACUUUCUGACAACUUGGACAGAGAAAAUGGAAUUUUUAAGUUGCGCGAUUCAUUAAGUAACUUUAGAAUGGUGAAAUUAAGUUCAAUAGAUCGUGGAUGGUCUGGAAGUAAAAUGCCAGGAAGAAGCAUUGGUCCCCCUGAUACUGUGGGAGAAGAAGAAUUCAGUUCAUUUGAUACCCGGGUGUUGGAGAAUAAAAUUGUUUUUAUUAUGAAAGGAAAUAUGGGACGAAAACGUAGAUAUUCUGUUUUAUCCGUUACUGGAAAUGGUAAUGGUUUAGGAGGGUUCGCAACAGUUAAAGCCCCAGAAGUUCGAACUGCGCUUCGAAAGUCAAAAAAUCGGGCAGGACAAAAACUAAUCAAUAUUGAUCUUUGUGAAAACAGGACCAUCUACCAUGAUUUUUUUACAGGAUUUGGAAAGACAAAGAUAUAUUGUUUUAAAAAACCUGAAGGCUACGGAUUAAUAUGCCAUCGUGCAAUACAAACUAUUUGCAAGGUUAUAGGUAUAAAAGAUUUGUACGCAAAAAUUGAAGGCUCUACAAAUCUUCAGCACAUAGUUAAAGCUUUUAUUAUUGGGCUAAUGCGUCAGAAAUCAUAUCAAAAUAUUGCAAAUGAGACAAGUUUAAAUAUUGUUGAGCAACGAAAUGCAAGGAAUGGAUAUACAGAAAUAAAAGCUAUUGCCCCAAUAUCCCCAGUACAAGAAAAUAAAAAGCAUGCCGUCGACAUUAUGCAUUUUACACUAGGAAAUAAAAUUGUAUUACAAAAAUCAGCAACCUAUCCAUUUUAUGUCGACUCGAAAGGCCAUAAAUUAUUUCAAAUUAAAGAGGAACGUUUUAGAAACCAAGCUAAUGUAAGACUACAUAAAUUGGUAAAUUUCUAUGGAUAAUAUUUUAAUAAAUGAGACAAUAA